CCAAUGUUCGAACAAAUAAUAAUGAGGGAAUCCCUAAUUCAUUAGCCACCUGCGCUGCAACGUUCUCUCCGGCGAUUAGAGUUCCAGCCACCUGCGCGCCGUGUAGCCACUUGUUUGCUUCCCUACUCGCUCGUGUUCGUGAACCUGCCCCUGUUCGCGUCGCUGCUCGUAUCCGGCGUCCCUGUUGCUUGCUGAUUUUGUGUUGUGCGUCCCUGUUCUCGAAUUAUGUCGGCUUUGAAAGAGCUUCUUCCUCCAGCAAAAUCAUCCUCAACAACUUACUAUGAUCACAGUAACGAUCCAUGGUUCAAGAAGAGAUUCUCCUCUUCAUCCGAGGAGGAAAAAUCCACUGCCAUCAUACACAAGCCAGUGCCCCCUUAUAUGAAACGUGCCGGUUUUGUUCCUCGCAAGGUGGAGGAUUUUGGGGAUGGUGGUGCCUUUCCUGAGAUCCAUGUUGCUCAGUACCCACUUGACAUGGGAAGGAACAAAUCCUCAAAGCCGGGUUCAAAGAUCCUUCCAGUGACAGUUGAUGCUCAUGGGAAUGUUGCAUAUGAUGCAAUAGUGAAGCAGAACGAGAAUGCUAAGAAGAUUGUAUACACGCAACAGAAGGAUCUCAUACCAAAGAUCCUGAAGAAUGAUGAGGACAGUGACAUGGAAGAUGAUGAGGAUGAGCAGAAGGAGAUUGAGGAGACAACUCAGGAGACUAAGGCUGCACUUGAGAAGAUAGUUAAUGUGAGAUUGAGUGCAGCACAGCCGAAAAAUGUCCCCAAGCAGUCAUCAGAUACAAAGUAUAUUAAGUAUAAGCCUUCCCAGCAGAAUGCAGCUUUCAAUUCCGGGGCGAAAGAGAGGGUUAUUAGAAUGGUUGAGAUGCCAGUUGAUCCAUUGGAGCCUCCAAAAUUCAAGCAUAAGCGUGUUCCCAAGGCUUCCGGCUCCCCUCCGGUGCCAGUGAUGCAUUCCCCUCCGAGGCCAGUUACUGUGAAAGACCAGCAGGAUUGGAAGAUACCUCCUUGUAUUUCUAAUUGGAAGAAUCCAAAAGGUUACACUAUCCCUCUUGACAAGCGUCUUGCUGCCGAUGGGAGAGGUCUUCAGGAUGUUCAGAUCAAUGAUAAUUUUGCAAAGCUUUCGGAGGCAUUAUAUGUUGCAGAGCAGAAGGCUAGAGAAGCAGUUGCAAUGAGGUCCAAGGUUCAGAAGGAGAUGCUUCUAAAGGAAAAGGAAAGGAAAGAACAGGAGCUGAGAGCUUUGGCUCAGAAAGCUCGUUCCGAGAGAACUGGUGUAGCCCCUCCAGCUGCUAUUCCUGUUCCAUCUGAGAGGAGCAUCAUGGAUGAUGCUGACAUGGCAGUUGAUUAUGAGCAACCACAUGAACAUGAAAGGGAGAAGAACUAUCCAAAGGAGACAAGAGAGGAAAGGGAGGAGCGGUUGCAUAGGGAGAAAAUUCGUGAGGAACGGCGAAGAGAAAGGGAGAGGGAGAGAAGAUUAGAGGCUAAGGAUGCUGCUAUGGGAAAGAAAAGCAAGCUCACAAGAGACAGGGAUCGUGAUAUAAGUGAGAAAGUUGCUCUUGGUAUGGCUUCUACUAAGCCGGGUACUGAGGUCAUGUAUGAUGAGAGGCUAUUCAACCAGGAGAAAGGAAUAUCAUCUGGGUUUGCCACUGAUGAUCAGUACAAUGUUUAUGACAAAGGCUUGUUCACUGCACAGCCAACACUCUCAACCCUCUAUAGGCCAAAGAAGGAUGUUGAUAAUGAGGUUUAUGGUGGUGCAGACGAGCAGUUAGAGAAGAUUAGGAAGACCGAUCGCUUCAAGCCUGACAGAGGGUUUGUGGGGACUUCUGAAAGGCCAGGUCCAAGGGACAGGCCAGUUGAAUUUGAGAAUCAAGAUGAAGCUGAUCCAUUUGGUCUGGAUCAGUUCUUGACUGAUGUUAAGAGUGGUAAGAAAGCCAUGGAAAAUGUUGGUAGCGGAGGAACAUUGAGAGCAAGUGCUGGAUCUUCUAUGCGGGAUGGUUAUGAGGGAGGUUCUGGUAGGACUCGCAUUGGAUUUGAAAGAGGGCACUAAGUAGCUCAGUAUCAAAUGAGGUCAAUUUCUGAUGGCUGGUCGUCACUUUACGGAAUACAAAUGGUGGUUUAGGUUGUGUUAAAACUUGGAAUUUUCUUGACACCCCCUUGUUUGGGGGGAAUGAAGUGUUUCUGUACUCUGGUCCUAAAUUGUGUAUGGCUUUUGAUCAAGUUAUAUGUUGAAUGAAUUGGAAUGUUUUAAAGUAUAUCUUUGCCUAUUGGUGGUAGUGAUAAAUGGAGCAGCCAAGAAGACAAGACAAGCGGUAGUGGCAGCUAUGACUGAUCCCAAGCGAAAGUUGAAAUUGAAGCAAAUUAUUCUGGGUCUUCAAAAGUAAGUUUUAUGAAGGUAAUGACCUUUAAGCAAAUUCAGACUGAUGAGAUUUGCUCUUGCCUUUUAACUAAAGAUCUUUGUUGGAUGCUUAUAUAUAUUCUCGGACUGCAUCCAUUUCUUUAUUCUUAUUUGUUUCUCUUGUCUGUUACUAAUGACAUUACAAAGGCAAUAUUUGAAGAGUGAUUUGAGAGGUACUAAUAUAAUAGUUUUGAAAAUGAGAUCAGUUUUUCCUGUGAGAAUAGUGGUUGAAAGAGUAGAUAUGGGUGAAAUGAUGCAAGUGCAAUUUGGUUUAAAAUAUGGAGGAGUUGCUGAAGUGCAAGGAAGAACUCCUUUUGAGGUUAUGCCCGGUCUUACUCCAUUUUUGGACUGCAUCUUUCAUGAUGUAGGCUACUUUCCUACUGAAUGCAGGAAUUUUUUUAUAACUUGGAAGAGCUGUUGUUUUUUUGUUUUUUUUUUUAUGUUUGAAUGUCUUCAUUUGUUAUUGACAUGUACUCUGACCGUUGUUGC